AUGGCAGAUACUCUGGUAGAAGAGAGAGAAGAGGUGAUGGUUCCAGCCAACAGUGGAAACCCAAUAUUCAGAAAAGCCCAUUUCCUUAAACCCAUGAUCACUGAACACAAUCUCCUUCUUUCUCCACCACCUAAUCCCCUGUUAUUCUCAAAACCCUGUUUCCAAAAACUUGAAAACUGCACUUUACAGUCAUAUAAGGGCCUGCCAUCAGAAAAAUGGAAGCUUUGGGUCCAGAGUUUGAGGCCCAGAUACCAAGAAACAUGGAAGAAAGCUGGGAUAUAUCAUGCAAUCUUGGCUUCAACUCACACAAUUCCAAAAGACAAGAUGCUGAUCUUUGGUCUUGCUGAGAGGUGGUGUGCUGAUACUAACUCUUUUAUUUUCCCUUGGGGUGAGGUAACUAUUAGUCUAGAAGAUGUUGUUUAUUUGGCAUGUCAUUCUGUUUUAGGUGCCUCAUUUUCGACUCCUUUAGAUGAUGAAUUUGUUGAUAUUUUUAAAUGCUUGAAAAAUGAUCAUAAGAGGGUUAGAUUAGGCCAUGGUGGGAAUGUUAGUGCUUCUAGUUGGAUGGAGUAUUUUAUGUUUAGUGGUCAUUCUUUUGAGCAUGAAGCAUUUCUUGCACUGUGGUUGUCUAGGUUUGUUCUCGUUCGGCCUCAGAAUUACAUAGGUAUAAAGGAUUUUCGUGUUGCUAUUCAUUUAUCGCGUGGUGCAAAAAUUGCGCUAGCACCUGUUGUUCUUGCCUGCGUAUAUAGGGAUAUGAGGGUGUUAAAAAAUUCAAUUGUUGAGUUGAUGAGAUUGGAGUCUGUAGUUGGUUUGAGGUUUAUAUCAUGCCACUAUGAUUUAGUGCAGAUGUGGGCGUGGGAGAGGUUUGCGGGAUUAAGGCCAGCUCCAAAUAUUAUAGGAAGGGGAGAGCCUAGAUCAUUAAGGUGGAACGGAGUGAAAAACUCCGAGGUUGAUGAUGUGAGGUCGGCCUUAAGCUCUGCUGAACUGGUAUUUGUGUGGCGUCCUUAUGUUUCAAGCAAUAGUAUGUUGAGUAAUCUGUGCAGGGAUGAUGAACAGUGGGUAGUGGUUGAUUCUGAUGCAUUAGAGUCAUUUGCUCGAUGCUUGAGAACUUCUGAGUUGGUUGGAUUAGGCUAUACAGAGCAGUAUCUUCCCCAUAGAGUAGCUAUGCAAUUUGGAUUAGACCAAGACAUUCCUCAUGUUGUUCGACUUGGUGGGAAUCCCGAAACUGGUUGGACCAGUUAUAAUAGACCUCUUAGAGGUGUGAAACUGUUUAUACCACCUCGACUUUUUAAGGCUGAUGUCACUUCCCGAUAUGUGACUUGGUAUAGAAAGACAAUAUUAUUAUGCACCAAUGAAACAAUGGAGUCGGGUAUGCAGAAUAUGUGGUCUUCAUAUAAGUGCAGGAAGAGUAAACCGUUUACCGAAAAUCAAUCUGGACCAAAAGAAUGUGCAGUUAUAACUAGAAAUUCGAAUUUGACCAACAAACCUGUGGAAAUGAGCAGUCAUAGUAUGUCGUCAAAUACGCGUAAAGAAGGCAAAUCAACUGAAAGACAGACUAAAUUAGAACAAUAUGGAGAAGUGAGUCCAGAGGAUAACAUUGCCAAUGUUGUUGAUGAAAGCUAUGAGGAUACUGCAACAGAACUACAACACCUGGGACUUGAGGCUCGUAUUUGUAGGCUUGAAAGGAUUUUUGAUAAGAUUAAAGCAGCAAGAUUCUGUGCUAGUUCUCAAACAGAUGUAGAUAAUUAG